AUGAAGACGUUCUUCUUUCUCUGUGCUGUUCUUUUGUUUCUGGCUCCAGCCAAGAACGAGUUUUUUGAUGACAAAUGCCAAAAGCUUAAAGGAAGAUGCAAGAGAUCCUGUGACAAGACUGAAGAACUUGUUGCUUUUUGCCAGAAGUUUCUAAAAUGCUGCCAGACACUCCAUCCCUGUGUGUUGUCUGGAGACCACAAUUGA